AUCCGAGAUUAUAAUACUUGGCAUUAUUAGCAUAAAUAUUGUAAUAGAGUUUCAUGGAACAACUUCUUAAGUGGACAUUGAGACAUACUAAUAUUUAUUAAUUAUUUGAUUAUUUUGAAUUGUAUUAAUUUGUAAUAUACCAUGAGCAACAAGUUUCAACAUCGUAAAAGAAAAAUUCCAACAAUGUUAAGAAACAUAUUGGAACUUGAUGUUCGGGUAACAAAAAUUUUUGUGAGAAGUGUGGAAAAUGUGAUGCCAAAAUUAAAAUUGUACUACAAAAUGUUAGAGAUAUCAUGCCAUGGAAUAAUCUGGAUAGCAUCAUUACUUGCAUGUAUUUGGAUUUUUAAUAGUAAAAGUUUAUACCAAAUGCAAGUCAAUUUAUUAGUAGCCCUAAUAUUAGAUAUUAUUGUUAUUGCUAUAUUGAAAUCGUCUACAAGAAGAAGAAGACCAGCAGUUAACGACGAUCCUUUCUCAAUAGGACCUGACAAGUAUUCAUUCCCAUCUGGUCAUGCUUCUCGUUCAAUGCUUGUCCUUUAUUUUUUUAAAUAUUUGUGGCCUGUACCUGACAUUUGUCUUUCACUGAUAUCAAUAUGGGUUUUUGUCCUAGUUAUGUCUAGGCUUUUAAUGAGAAGGCAUUAUAUUCUUGAUAUUAUUGCAGGACUAUUUGUAGGUUAUUUACAAGGAAUGCUUAUGAGCUUUUUAUAUUUAGAACCUGAAACUUGUUCCAAUUUAGUGUAUUGGAUAACUGAUGAGAAACUAGAUGGUGCAGAAUAUGACGUUUAGUUAAAUUUAAUGCACCUAACAAUCUUUAUGAAGUGAAAGAAAGUGUUAUUUUAUUAUAUGUUAGAAGUUUAUGGAAGAAAUUUAUACCAAAUAAUGCAAUAUACCAAAUAAUACAAUCAUUGAAAUAAAAUCACAAUAUUUUAUAUUUUA